AUGGAAUCAUCUACAGCACGAGAUAUGAUGCUUCUAUGCCCUCCAGAUGAGACGGCUAGAAAGAACUUACACGCCCAGGCUGAAUCUGGGACCAAUACUGAUAUUUGCCUUCUUAAAAGCUCAACUCCAAACUUGCUCCAACGUGUCGGCGCAUUAUCCACCAGGUCUGACAGUCCAAGUACAGUCGAAAGUGUUUGUUGGGACCAAUCUUCAGCUGUGUACUCAGAAGCGAGUCCGGCUUCUUUCAAGGAUGACCUUUUCACAGAGACAGAGUUGAAUAUAACCGAACGAUGUGGGAGGCCAUCCGAUACUGACGACGAAAUUCGUAACCCAUCUCAGAUUCUAGACAUACAAUAUCCUAAACAAAUGCUUACGAAAGCAAUGGGCAGCGACUUUCACGAUGUCAUACCUUCGGCGAGAAAUGCAGACGAAAAGCGUAUAUCAUCGAAUGAUAACAACGAGAAUACUACAUCCCGAGGCCGACUUAGUGAGACUAGCCAAAGUAGGCACGAGGAGAUUAGCAGCGAAUUUGAAGACGACGAUUUCGAUUCCGAGGACGAAGAAGACAACGACGAAUGGGCCGGGGAGCCAGACAAGAUCGAGACUGCGGUGCUGAUGAAUAUUCCUGAUCUGGAAUUCGCUGCAUCGCUUAUUAUGGAAUUACAUAAAGAUCGGGUUCAUAGUGAAGCACGAAGAAUUGGAGGUUGGCAGAAAGGCGUUGUUACCUGCCAAAAUUCACCUGGUUCAGGGGAGAGCUCGCGACAAUCCUUUGUAAACCCCAACACAGGUCAGAGGGCCUCGAAAUCCCGCAAGAAGCAGCGAUUGUCGAGAUCAAGGGGUGGAGGUUCCGAUGAUGGAGAUGGGGAAAGAGAUGACGAGGGAAGUGGUUCACCUGAAAACCACGACGAUGGCUCAAUAUCAGGCGAGCAGAGAGGACGAUAUGCUUGCCCUUUCAACAAGUCGGACCCUGCCAGGUUCUGUAGCAACCCUAUCACCGGAGACCAAUAUCGCGUGUGCGAAUCAGGAUACAAAACAAUCCAGCGUUUGAAGGAACAUAUCAAACGGAAGCAUCUCUUAAUCCAAUGUGAGCGCUGCUAUAAGAACUUCUCGGGAAAAGGCAAGGCCAUCGAAGAAAGCGUCGCCGAGCUGAAGACACAUCGCCAGCAACCAGAGCCGUGUGCCGUAGGAAACUCCGAAUCCAACUCGGGCAUAAAUAUGGAGCAAUGGACGCUACUAGACAGAAGCGGAGGCAAGAAAAGGAAAAAGAUUUCCGAAGUCGAGAAAUGGUUUAACAUCUGGGAGACGAUUUACCCAGGAAUACCUCGUCCCACGCAUCCUUGGGCCGAACGGACUACUAUAGGAAUGAGGUCGUUACCAACACCAGCAAACACACAGGGCUUUGCGAAUCUGUUCCAAAGAUUCCUCGAUCACGGAACCAUGUCCGGUAGUAUCCAGUUUAUCCAAGGGCAAGAGAUACUAAUGAAAAGCCGCCUGAACUCGUUGGCACAAAGGGCUUAUAAUCUCCACAUGGAUCUGAACGACACACCCUCCUUAGGGAAUUCUUCGUCUAGCGGCCAGACAGCGACCCAAAUUACCAUGCCUACAACACCAGUCAUAAGCAACCCAACCAUGACCCAACGGCACAUAUCGGUCCCAAAGAUGAGCAGACAAAACAGCCAGCCGAUGCUUAUAAGGGAGCCUCAAGCCCAAUACCGGAUACUCCCGCCGCAGAUCCCCCCAGGAAUGACUUAUGGCCCGCAGAAUUUCCCCGGCUAUGGGGGCAAUCAACUGACAAGAGUUCCGCCUAACCCCAUGCCUGGCCCCUCUCAAGCCUUAGUAUUAGACCAACCCGAGUUCCAUUGGUCUUACGGGAAUAUGAGCAAUAGCUGGUCUGGAUUUGAGUAUCUCCCGCAUAUAGACGCUGAGAAUCCGGACCUGCCAUAUAUACAGCAAAACGAGCAAAACUAG